AUGCUAGAAAAGGCCGGCAUACGCUACGUUUUGUUGGAAUCCUACGACGAGAUCGCUCCUCAGGUUGGGGCAAGUAUUGGUCUUCAAUCCAGCGGACUUCGAAUCCUCGAUCAACUUGGUUGCGCUGAUGAGCUUAUGUCAUUAGUCGACAUUCCACUGAAUAAUACCUACAUACGAUACCCCGAUGGCUCAGUUAUCAGGCAUCAUAGCAAUGUCCGAGAUCAUUUGAUCGAGAGACAUGGAUAUCCCACCAUCUUCAUUGACAGGCAGAUGCUGAUGCAGGUUCUAUACAACAAGCUCGAAUCAAAAGCCUCAGUACAUCCUGGUCAGAAAGUGGUUUCAGUUCUGGAGCUAGAUAACGGCAUUCAAGUCACCACAGACAAAGGCAAGGUUUUCAAGGGAGACAUUCUCGUUGGAGCCGAUGGGAUCUACAGCAACGUCCGAAAGGAAAUGUGGCGCGUCGCGUCGCCAGGAUACUUUCCUUCUGACGAAUGGUCAAGCGUGCCAUGCUACUACAAAUGUAUCUUUGGCAUCUCACGACCUAUUGAAGAGCUUACGCAAGGUAGUCACUACGUGUACAACGACAACUUCUCUUAUCUGGUUUUGGUCGGGCCUGGAGGGAAGUUUUACUGGUUCCUUUUUGUUAAAUUGCCUGUUACUUUGUACGGCGACGAUAUUCCGAGGUAUACGAAAGUUGAUGAGGAGCAAUUGGCGGCCGAGCAUGCGUCCGAUCAGAUCACUCCCGAUGUCACCUUUGGCCAGUUGUAUAAAGCCAGAACUAGCUCUGCCUUAACGCCGCUCCAUGAGUAUGUAUUUGAGAAGUGGCACUACAAACGCAUUAUCACCAUCGGCGAUGCUGCUCACAAGUUUGAGCCAUUGACCGGUCACGGCGGUAAUUCCGCCAUUGAGACUGCAGCGUCUCUCGUGAACCACCUAACCUCAGACGAGUGGUCAGACUGGAGCGAUGCACAAAUCGAAGCGGCUUUCACCGCCGUACAAGAAGAGCGUUUCCAGAGAGUACAGUGGCUUGUCAGCGAUGCUCACAAGACGCAGCAGAUGCAGGCGAUGGAAACACCCUUCCUAGCAACUAUCAGUCCUGUCUUAGCUCGUCUAUUAAGCACCAAGGCUGUACUUCAACUAGGCGCACGCAAAGUCAUUGGUGCAACACGAAUCAAUAGCAUUCCUGUACCUCAACGAGACCACACAAUCCCCUUCAACGACGAGCUACCGUCUCAGCCUCUUUCUUGGAGCUGGCUCCCCACAGGCCUAGGAGUGAUAAGUCAGGCUGCGAUAUUCCGGCUCGCGUUGCAAAUUCUUGGACCAUUGGAGAUUCCAACUACUUUUGGCGGCGAGCCUCUGGUGAAGCACUACACAGGGCUUGUGACUUUGGAUAAAAUCUUGGCACACUUGGUUGCUGUUUUUGGAGUCCCUCUUGCUUCCGGGAACGUUGCGGCGAACUUGCAGUGGAUUUCUUUCACGCCGCUGUUAUUGUCGACUACCCUUGACUGGACUUUGGAGAGCUACCGAGUUGGUUCAAAGGGCCUCCUUACUUCUUUUUCGUCGGUCUUUAGCACCAUCUACCAAAUCAAGGUGGUUGGGCGUAUUGCACCUCUAUAUUACUUGAUUUCAGCAUGCGAGGGUGUUUUCGGAGGCCACACCGCUCCAAUGACGGACCGCUCGAUUGACAAGGAAGUGGUCGAGUCUUUCGUGCCCGGCAUCACCCUUGGAUACAUCAUUCCCACUGCGUUGAUGCUCUGGCCCUUCAAGAAUAAGGCAACUUGGCAGAGGUUCACUGCGCUUUGGCAACCGUUCCCCGUCUAUGUUGGCCUUAUCACUGCCGGUCUCUCAACGGUUCUACGCGAACGGAGUCCCAGAGACACGCCUCAGCCCAAACCUCUGAAAGAGAGUCAAGAGCGCAGGAAGCGAAAGGCCGAAACUCACUCCCUAUUGAGAUCAGUAUACAUGGCAGGAACCGCAGCUACAGCGCUUGUACACCUCUAUACACUUUACCGCACAGCAUCAAGUCCAAAUCUCAGCACCUCUGGUGUUUUUGGCAGUAUCAGAUACUUAGUAUCUGGUGCGUCUCCAUCUGAUCCAUCAGCCAAGAUUCAUGUAUUUCUACAGCGCGACAUGUUUUUGAACGCAGUUUCUGUUCUUGCCAAUAGCCUGUACCGGACUCUUGACCUGCGACGCUUAGGUUAUAUCACUAGCAAGGAAGCUUUGACGACUUCUUUAGCAGUUUUAGUUGCACAACCGUUGCUUGGACCUGCUGCAACUCACAUUGCGUUUCUUGGGUGGAGGGAGGAGAUGUUUAUGAGGACCGAUAGACGGAUCCGUACAAACAACUAG